UCAACCAACAAAUCACUAAUUACACGGAUACUCAACUGUCCAAGAUUGCCGACGAACUGGUAGAACGUCGUAGACGAAAGAUUGUACAAUAUUGCUAUUUCUUAAAUGAUCACGAGGCCAAUGGGCCCCGAAAUGCCAAGACGCUGAUUCGUCUUGUCAAGCAAAAACUGUCGAAUCGAAAGGAAGAGGCACGCUUGGUACAACAUUGGAAGCCGGAUGCUGUCGCUCCGUCCAUCUCUUCCAUGUUUGCCAAAAGCAGCAGUAGCAGUAGCAGUACCACCCCGCCGCUCAAGGGUGCCAAACGACCCUUUCAUCAAGCCAUUGGAACGGCAGGCGAGACCAAACCGUCGCCGCGUCCGAUUAGCGCCUUCUUUACGUCUGGAGGGGGCUCCUCAGCAGGGGCAAACAAGAUGACUACGCCGCCCAAUUCCAAACGUUCACGUUCCAACCCACCAUCAUCCGAAGCGAAAAAGGGGAGUAUUGAAAGCUUCUUUGCAGCCAAGAAAAAAUGA